GCGGGGUCACGUAGGCAGAGGAGCCUGGGUGCGCAUGCUCUGUGGAUUGGGGCUCUGUGGGUUGGCGGUAGAUUGAGAUGGCGUGUGAACUAGAGCACGGUCCCCCAGGUGUGUUUGAGUGCCAGCUCUGUUCUCUCACGGCUCCAUACAGCUACAUUGGGCAGAAGCCCCCCGACACUGAGUCUGUCAUCCUCUUGGAGGAGAGCUACAUCAUGAAGGACCCCUUCACCGCCAACAAGGACAGGUUUCUGGUCCUGGGCUCUCGAUGCAGCUUGUGCAGCAGGCUGGUGUGUGUGGGCCCGGAGUGCAGUUUAUUCUAUUCCAAAAGAUUCUGCCUCCCUUGUGUCCAGGAAAAUAUUGAUGCCUUCCCUCGGGAAAUUCAGCAAGACCUGGAGAAGAGAAAAGUUCCAGCAAAGAAGCCUGUUAACAAGCCCAGACCCUAGAUAUGAGUUCAGUGGAUGCUGGGCCCUGGGCAGCACCCUGCAUGGGGCUCCUGUGUCAGUGGAGUCUCUGGGAUAGCAUGGGGGUUGAACUUGGAGCUGUUGCUCCCAGCCUUGUUUUGGGCAAUCUGGAGCAUUGUCUGCAGCCUGAGGGAGCAAGAAUUCUAUGACAUCAGGACCAGGAGUCAUUUAUUUAAAGAAGGUCCCCAAAAGACAGGCAUCAGACCAGACAUUCAGCAAACCCCGCUGGUGCUUCCUAGUUCAACUCUGUGCCAGGACUGUGGGGAAGGGAUUCAGAAGCUGGGAAAGCUGGUCACGAGGGGAAGCCAAAGCUAUACCUGCUGGUCCUCCCUCACUCCUACUGGGGGCCUAGGACCUUCAGCACAUCUUGGGGUUGUCACCACUUUGCUUUGACAGGCCUGUGGACACAGUGGUCAGGGGCAUAAGUGCUGCUGUCUCAGCCGUCAGUCUAAUGUGGGGAAAACUCUGGUCAGUUUUGGGGGUUGGCAUUUAGCAGGUCAGUUCACCAGGAGGGAACUUGUAGGUACCCCUGUGGGAAGGGGCUAUAGGGUGCCAAGAGCUAUAGAACAUAUGUGGAACAGAAUUCAUAUUCCGUGUGAUGCUUGGGACAUGUGUUUAACUCUGCCUGUGUGUUAUGUUUAUAAUUAAAAAAUGAUGCAUAUUUUGAGGA